AUGGGAGACCGUGUCGUUCUCAGCUACCACGACUGUCUUAUCAUGGAGUCUGAUUUGCGGUUGUUAGAGGGUCGUAAUUGGUUGAACGACUCCCUCAUUUCCUUCUGGUUCGAGCACCUCCAGCACGAGGUCUUCCGAGGAAAUUCCCGUCUUCUGUUUAUCAGCCCGGAGGUUACCCAGCUGAUUAAAAUGGGAGAUCCUAAUGAAUUGCCAAUUUUUCUUGAUCCCCUUGAUGCAAAGUACAAGGAAUACAUCUUUCUUCCCGUGAAUGACAACUCGUCUGUGAUUGCGCCUGGGGGUAGUCACUGGAGUCUCUUGAUCUAUAGCAAAUAUGACAGCAAGUGGUAUCAUUACGACUCCCAGAGGGGCUGCAACUACCGCGAUGCUCGUUGCCUUGUACAAAGGAUCAACUCGUACUUGGACAGGGAUAUACCAGCUACCCUAGUGGAUGCGAGUUGCACACAGCAGGAUAAUAGCUACGACUGCGGGGCCUUUGUCAUGACGUAUGCACAUAGAGCGGCCGAGCAGGCCCUGAAAGGUUCUGCCAUCGGGACGUGCUUUGUAGACAGACAAGAAACAAAUCGCAUGAGAGAUUUGAUUAAGUCUCUUGUUUACAGCCUGAAGCGGUGAAGAUGAGAGGGGAAGAAAUCAACACACCUCCUGCCUUGUUCCUUGACUGCCGUAUAAACCGUCAAAUUAUACACUAGGCGCACUUAGCCUAACCUGUGUUGAAGCUCCUAGUGAUGCUACGUGUCAGAUGUCGCUUGUCAUGAGCAAGACUCGGCCUGGGUCUGCCGUGUGCCGCUUGUUCCUGAUUGCUGUGGCAUUAUUUUUUUGUUGAUUUUGGAGUGACAAGCAGUCCCUUUUGAGUUGCAAAAUACCUAACUUAAACAUGUUCUAAGCCCAUUUAUGCUUCAUUAUUAAUGGAGAUACUUACCUCAGGUUAUUUUAUUAGAUGGUUUUUUGCUCUUGCACUGAUAAAAAGAAAAGGAACUAUUUUAGAGACUAAUAGUCCGCUAACUGUUAGUUGAUUAACUGCUACUGAGUUUGCAAUGAUGAAUAAAAAGGUGCAUAGAUAAUUAGGUUAUGAUUAUCCUAUAUAACAGUCUUCUUUGCAAGAAAAUAGGAUAUGAAAGAAAAAUAAAAAACUUAUGCCAAAGAAGGACUGACAUUGGAUAUUUGUGACUUUUCACUGUAGGCUAUGUAACCUAUUAGAUUUAAGAUAAUGGCAAAUGACUCAUCUGUCACAUCUGUGACAUACAGUAGCCCCAGGCUACAGAAAAUGCUGUAACAUAGAGCAUGUCAGAGUCAUAAAUUAUCAUAUGUAUAGUAUGUCUUAUAGAUAACACACAAAAAAAUUGUUUUCUGGAACUUUUUGCUGUAAGGGCACCACAUGGCUGUCCAGAUUUCUUAAGUGCACAAUAUUUGGUUAAAGACCCAGAGUUAUGUAUAUGAAGGCAUUAAUGUGAAAGCUACUAUUCUUCUGGAUGUCAUGCAGUAUUCUUAUGUUGACUGAUAUUCAACCGAUCAGUCAAUUGUUCAUUCACCUGAAAAGUCAUAUUCAGAUUGCAACUCAUUUUGUGACAAGCAUUCAUAUUUUUCUCUUGGGUAGCAAAGAAAACUUUUCAUUACUGUAUGGGUGUUUCAGUAACAGUAUAAAUUGUAAGAUGAAAAUAUGUUUUGAUCACUUAAGAAUGUGAACUGAUCAAAAAUGCCCUUGCAAAAUAACAAGUAAUAUUAGUACAGAAUUUUACUUGCAUAUUUUAUUUUGUCUUGUGUCAGUUCAUUGGAGUGAGUGCAAUUUAUUUUUUGUUUAAACAUAGAAUUCAGAGGAAAUGAUCUGUGUUAGAUUUAAAGUGAGAAAAAAAUCCAGUAUUCAGGAAAUGCAAAUGGCUAUAUUUCCCCAGAGAUAUGCAUUUAUAUGAAAAUUACUAUUAUUAGAAUCAUUUGUUAUACACCUUCAAAUAGUCCAAAUGUGUCAUGUGGAAAUUUCAACAUACUGGCGAGUUUCAUGGAAAUCUUGACAGGUCUGAUUCCUGAUUUAUAAUUAGAUAUGAGAUUGAUUUUUCCAAGUGGUAUUGCCACAAACAGCACAAAGUGCAAAUUUGAUUUCUUUCACUAAAGCUAAGUAAGUGAAAUAAAAGAUGCUUUUACUUAUUUAUUUUUUAAUAAAAUUGGAGUAGAAUAUUAGUAGUGGAAGAAGUGGUGAAAUAUAGUAGAAGAUAUUGCACUACAAAAACUGGCUGAAUAUAGAUUUGAUAAAAGGAAGGGCAGUGAGAAAGGACAAUGUAACUUGAACAAAAGUUUUAAGAUUGUUAUUGGUACUCUUUGCAAAUGCAAUAGCGUUUGAAGUUGAAAAUAAUGGUUGAUAAAUAAUUUUUGAAUAUUUGCUGUACUUUAAGAAGAAUACAUUGUCUCUACAAGGAA